AUGACGAGGGAGAAGAUUAAGAUAAGGAAGAUAGAGAACAUCGCUGCGAGACAAGUGACCUUCUCCAAGCGGCGAAGGGGUCUUUUCAAGAAGGCGCACGAGUUGGCAGUCCUCUGUGAUGCGGACGUCGGGCUCAUCGUCUUCUCCUCCACCAACAAGCUCUACGAGUUUUCAAGCACCAGGUGCCCUCCCUCCUCCCUCGUGUUUCUCUUGACUAACCUUCCUUUGAUUUGCGUCCACGCUUCUCGAUGCAGACAUGUUUAUCGUAUGCCUUUUCUCUCUCUCUACACCCCCCCAACACACACACACACACACACACAUAUAGAUGACUCAUCAUCAACACUAGCUCAUCUGCCUCUAUGCUAUGACGGUCUCUCUUGCUGAUACUAACUAUCACACUUUGGUAGCUGAACUACGAUGAUAAUGAACAAGGGAGUGUAAUAUUACUAUAGGUGUAUGAGGGAAAGGGAGAGGGCGAGGGAGAGUGAGCUGUGUGCGUGGAGAGAGAGUAAAACAAAGUCUCAGAUGGAAGAAGAGAGAUCCGGAGGAGACUAAAGGCCAAGGGCAUGCUUUUUUCGAUCUUCAAACUCGAUGUUUCCCCAGAUUCUUCCGGUUUCUUUUGUGUUCUUUAUGAUGAUUUCUUGACAUAUGAACACCAGAAGAGCCAAGGACGGCACCCACAAAACAAAGAAUUCCAGGACUGCGUAGGGAUUUGUUUCAGAAAAGGAUGCCCCGGGAAUAAACCUGACGGCGUUUUUGGGCCGUAGCAGGUUCUACUGAGAGGCCUCCAGAUAGCACUCGUUUUCCGGAGACCAGGGGCCAGUUUGACGUCUAGAAUCAUUGACAGUUCCGAGUCGAUGAAGACGCACUCAGGCCACUCUUGUCACCUAGUCGUCGUGAUCAAUAUAGUUUAUCAUUUAUCAUCAUCGUUUUGAGUUUAUCCAAAGCAGAUAGAAUGGGAAUCGGAUUUAUUCCUGACCCAGAAUUCUCUAUCCAGCACUCUAGUCGUCAAUAUGAGCUACAUGGACCGAGUAUCGUAAUUUCUUAGUGAUUAGAUGUCGUUUUCAAGCAUCGUUUGCCAACAUCGUAUUUCCAGUGACCGGAUUUUGUCUUCCAACGCGGAAAAACUGACCUCUCUCUCUCUCUCUCUCUCUCUCUCUCUCUGUGCAUAAGAUUACAUUCAGCCAACAUAGAAUCAAACAUGUGUUUCUUUUCCCUCCAAAAGGCAGGCACCUACUCCUCAUCAAAUUCUCUUAUCUUACAUGGAAAAGGAAUUGGAAUAAUCUGUCAUUAAAUUGUGAAUGGGAUUGAAGAUUAUUUACGUGCUGGUGCGAUUCAUUCAUCCAAGCAUUGAGUCAAACUGGCAUGGGUGUAAAAUACUUCAUGGUUAUUAGGAACAAUAAGAUCUUGUCAGUUGAAAGCUUGAAUACUACGGAUCACGCACAAUUGAUAGCUCCAAACAAAUUUUUCGUCCCAAGGAAACAUGCCAACUGCAAAUGUGACCAGCAAUAAGAAAGCGACUGUAAUAACUUUUGUCAGUCGUUUAAAGAAGAGAAGAGGACUUUCAUGUUUAUUGGUUCAUUUAAUUCUGAAAAUUAUUAUUUUAUGCAAUAACUUUGAAUCCCAUGAUGGAUGCUCACAAUAAAUCCUUUCUCUCAUCAACAAAAUGUUGAAUGUGUAAUAAAUAGUGUCUCCAACUUGACAAUGAUUUUAUGCUUCUCAUUAUAAAAUAAUUAAUUUUUACUUAAACUCUACUCAUUAUUGACCAGUUUCUUCAACUAAUAGUUCAAUUUUGCUACAAGAUUUUGUAUUGAAAAUUAAUUCAGUGCAAAGUUGUGGAUUCACAAUUAUGAUGACAAAUUGUGCACUGAAAAUUGUUUGGGUAGAAAAUCGUGGACUCAUUCUGCUCAUUUACCUAUACAUUUCUAAUUAUCUAUAUAUAUAUUCAUUGCAAUUUUUUGUUUUUUAUAUAAUAAAUGAUGAUGGAUUGUGCUUUCUUCACAAUUCACCUAAAUUAUGUUUCAAGCUAGAGAAGGUAACCUUAGGCCUAGUUUCUCUUCUGGCAUUAGUGUGAUGGAGAUUUUAUAUUUACACAAAACAUUAUUUUAAAGGCAAUUUUUCACAAAGGAAAAUCUUUCUUUACUAGGUUUAAGCUUAUACACACUAUAACAAAGUGUUUUGAUUUAUUUGAGUUGUGUAGGAUAUUAGAUUUGUAAACAUCAGGUUAUAGUGCUGUUUAUUCAUUGAUUCUAUAAAUACCUAGCUCUGAUACAUUUAAAUAUAGAUCUAAGGAAAGGACAUUGAAGGGAAAGGUCAAACUAGAGGAUAUAUAUCUAACAGUAGGAAAUAUCUAGUGCCCUUUAUCGGUAAUAGAAUGGCUAGGUUUUGUGGACAUAAAUUGUAACUUGCCCUGGGUAUGCCAAAAAACUAAGAUGGACAUGUGUAUGUAAUUCUAGUGUCUUAAAUGUCUCUUGUUGAAAGUUAGUUAGAAAAUAUCCCAAGUACCUAAUACACCCUUAGGAGAAUGUUGGAGAUCAUUUUAUAUACUCUUAUUCAACUUUUUCCCAGUGAUAUGCCUACGGAUUUCUUUCUCAAAUGUGAUUGUUUUAUUCACUGCAAUGAUUUUACUUCUAGGAUACAUUUUAUACAUGAGUUUGGAACUAAAUACUUUCAUUAUUGCUAGCUUAUACAAAAACAUAUUUUUAUUUAUUUAUAUUAGAAAGAAAAAUGCUGAACCAUUGAGAACCAUGAAAUGGCUUUGAUGCUUAGUUUAUUCUAUAAGCUAUAAGAUUCAGGGCGUUAAUUUCCAAUGUAAUUUAUAAUGAUACCUUAUCACAACAAAAAUGUAAUUAUCACCAUCUAAAAAAAUAAAGUAUAUGUAAACAAUUAUUGAAAUGUCAAAUAAUAAUAUUUUAAAAAGUAAUUCGUAUAUUAUUUGUUUUAGACAUAUCGAAGUUGAAAUUCUUAAAUAAUAUUUGAUAUUAAUUUUUACUAUAAAUUAAGUUUCACAUUUACAAAAAAAGGUGACUUCGACACCAUAAAUAAGCAUCAUAAUCUAAUUAUCCAAACAGUUUGAAACUAGUUAAUCAGUUUUUCAAAGUAGUUUAUUCACAACAUCCAUAGUAUAUUUAUACAAAUACCAUAAUAGAAUGUGUAUUUUGAAAUUAAAUUUUCUAAGAAAAAUAUUGAUGUGAUCUUAGAUAUAACAUGAAAUUUAGAUGGAAUAAUGAGAUAUUAAGAAUGAGAAUAAAUUAUUAAUGUUUAGUAUGUUCGAUUUGUGUAAAAAAUAAGAAAAAUAUUUAUGAUUCUAUUUUAGGAGUUUAUUUAUGUUUGUUAGAUGAUUAUACCUUACUAAUUAGUUUAUAUAUUUACCAAUGAAGAUGUACUUUAGUUGCCUUUGUGUUGAAUGAUGAUUUACAAAAAAGAUACCUCUACAUCGGGAAGAGUAAAAGAGCAGAUUUGUGCAUUAAUAGAAGUUAAAUAUUUUUAAACCUUAUAUUUAAAAACUCUCAUCAUAUUUGGAUUUUUCACCAGCAAUAUAAAUUUUUAAAUUUCAAAAAAUAUCUUACAUAAAUUAAAAAAUAGUUUUAUUAUUUAUUAUCUCGUCCUUAUUUAUUAUAAUUUUAAAUAUACAAUGUUCUCAAGCUUCUCUUUGUUAUGUGGUUCAUUUAUUGGCUUCCUCAUUAUUCCUAGGGACAUGACUCAUUUUUCAAACACUAAUCUUUUCCAUUUUCUAUACUAGAAAUUUUGUAAUUUAAUCCCAUCAUAUUAGGAAAAAAAUUUAAAAAGUAUUCCCUCACAUGAAUUUAAAAGUGUGGCAUCAACACAUUGAUCAAUAAAGCACCAAAGACUUUUUAUCCCCUAUCAAGUGAACAAGUUCCUUAGAACUCACAAUGUCUACCUUAAGAACUCCACUUUUACCACACAGCUACUAUCCUUCAAUACACUGUCACAUUCACACUUAAAAACUGCCUUGGGAAUUUAAAUAUACUUUCAACAGCAAGGCCCACAAAGUGAAAAGCUUUCUCAAAACUCUACUAGUCAAAUUUAAGAUUUCCAUAUGCUUAAUGAGCCUGAUCUGAUUCAAUCAAUUAUGGACCACCCAAAAAAUACCUUGCGAAUUUAACUAUGUUUUUUUCAGUAGCAGGUUAUGUCUUCCAAGGUUCUGACCGAAAAUUUUCAUUGAAUCAAAGUUUAAUAAAUAAAAAUUAUGCACUUGAAUCAGUGGAUAAAAAGGCAUUAAAUGAUAAAUUAAAGAAAAAUUUAUAUCCAUAUUUUUACAGGUGCUUGAAAUUCAAUAAUUAGCUCUCAUCAUAUGUCCCACAAUGCAAACAAGGGAUGAGAUAUACUUCAUUUUAUGAGAUGAUACCAUUGAAUAAAAUAAGUGACCACAUGCAUAUUCAAUCUUUUAAAAUAUAUAGAUUAUCAAGUAGUUGUAGUUUCUCUAGGAUUUGUUCUUCCUAGAUUUUAUCAGAUACAAUGGUAAGAUAUCAUUUUCUUAGUGAAAAUUUAAUAUAUAUAUAUAUAUAUUAUAUUUAACUUUAAUUUUAUUUUAUUUUUCAUCAUCCUGUUAUGAAAUGAUAGCAUCUUCUUUUAAAUUUGAAUCUUAUAUCAGAAAGUUCAAUUCCUUUCAUCAUAAAAGUAUGAAAAUAUGUCUCCACUUGGAACACAACAAUAUCAAUGAUCACUGUAGAAAUAAAUGGCCAUGCAUUUUCUGUAAGAAAAAAUAUAUCAACAUCAACAAAAGUGAGAAUCUAAGAAAAUAGUGUCACCUUAAUGGCUAACUAUUGUAAAAGUCCUUUCAGGGUAAGGAUUUUAAAUUAUGCCAAAAUUUUAAAAGUAGCUUAAACUAUGUAAGGUCAUUUCAUUUUUUUCUUGGUCCAUAUUUCUUCAUGUCAGCAAUCAAAGCCACAAAUCUUUCAUAAGGAUUGUGAACAUGUUUUUAUUUGAUGCCAUUAACUAGUGCAGAAAGACAAGGCAAAAUUAAUGUCAAACUUUAAUAUAUAUUGGAACUUUCUUUAGAUCGCACGAACUCCACUAAAAGAAGGAAAUCACAUAGAUAUUCACUUUGAAUCAGUGUAAAGUCAAAACAAUAGUUAUUUCUUUCGUUUGUAAACUCAUUAAUAAAAAGAUGCAAUAGUUUAAAAAGGGACCACCAUCAGUUUACUUUUUUGUUUGACAAACAUAUAACCUUGGUCCACCAUCCAAAAAUCAUGAAAAUACAAUGCACUUAUAAUUUAAAACUUUUAAUCCAAAUAUGAAAAUAUAUUUAAAUUUUCAUUUUUUUAAUUAUAAAAAAAUCAUUAAAUUCAUCUUCAUAGUAACAUAGGGAAUCUAGAUAGUGAACCCCAUCUUUGUAUGCCAAUGAGUCUACUUUCAUCUUAAUUUCUUCUUUAGAUGAGAUUGAUGAAGAAUCAUAAUUACCCUUUCAUGCUGUGAUGAUGCAUCUUUUCAUUUUUUACUUCUUUCUCAUGCACAGGAUUUUGAUAAUUUUACUCUUUGAUUCCCAUUGGACAUCAUUAAAUAUAGGAAAAAAAAUAUCAAGAAAAUCCCGAAGGUGGCAUGCUAACUCUUAAACCAUUUGUUCAACUCAGAAAGCUGCAAUAUGAGAAACUAACAAGUGAUAUUCAACCAGUUGUUUUUCUCAAACUAGUAUGGUAGGCUAUCGACACCUUAGGAAUCAUGCACAUUCCAUACAUCAAAAGUUUAGAUGCCACUAAUCAUAUAUUUUUUUUCUUCUGCUAUGGCUCACGAUAUAGGUCAUUUAAGGGCCAUAAAUCUACUUUGAUGAGAUUUCACAGAAUAUUUUCUUUAAAAUAAAAAUAAAUAGUAGCUUAGAAACUCUAGUGAGAUCUCAUGUAUCUUGCUUUUGAUGACGGCUGAGAGAUUUACAGGUAGAUUGUUGAGUGAUUUUAGAGGAAAUCUUCAAGGGAACCUGGCAUAUCAAUUGAAUCUUGAUUUCAUAUUUUUUUGUGGAAACGGAUUAUCUAUUGUUAUAUGCUCUAAAUGAGAGUCUCGUUUGGUCUCUUGGCUUAUUUGCAUCUCUUUGUUGUGGCGUUAUAUAUUUUGCCCAGUCCUGAAAGUCCUCCUUCAUUCAGUCGAUUAUAAUUACUCAAUGAUAAUCUACUUUUAGAUACGUUUAUUUUCAAACUACUCUAUUCACAUUCCGCACUUUAACAUGCUGGAGGAGUUAACAUUAACGUAAGGUCCACCCAGAGUAACCGGGAACAGUAAUUUUUUCAAGAAACUUGAAAUACAUUAAAGGCACGAAAAUUAAAAGCGUAAAUAUACCUGGGAAAUAACAUAAAAGAGAAAGUAAAAUAGUAUUUGAAUCUGUAUGACUAUUCCUGGUCAAUGAUUAGAAGCAUCAAACUUGCACUAAAUGAUCCACGCAUUAGGCCAUAGGUACUAACCUGAAUGAAACCCUGUUUUUCCUUUAUAGAUUAAGGCUUCAAACCACAACAAAAAUGGAACAAUACCAAAGGAUUAAGCCUCCACAUAGUUGGGUUACAUAGUUUCAAGAUUUUUCAUACUUUGUCAUGAAACAUAUUUGACGAUGAGCUUCACAAAGUUGGGUAACAUGAGCUUAAAAUCUCAUGUAAUAGAUCUUUCAUAAAUUUCAAGAUUUAUAGCCUCAAGUACAAAUAGUCUUUAGACUUCAUAGGCUGACUGGUGACUCUCAUUUUGGUUCAUAUCAAUUUUAAAAGUUCUAAAAGUUACAAUAAUAAAUGGAUAGCUGAUGUUCACAAUUGAGUAAAGCUGAGGAUUAAUUUUUGUAUGAUACAUCGGUAUCAAAUGGUUAAAGCUUCACAACCAAAGUGGAUUUCCAUACUCCAAACCCUUUAAAACAAGUUCUGAAUUGAAGAGACUUGGAGUGAGAUAAAAUCAAGGUCAGUGGAGAGCCUUUGAACUUAUUUCGAAGGUAUGAAUUUUGCAAAAAUAAUUAGUUAUAUCUUAAAACCCAAAACUCGAAAAAUUAAAUUAUUUGCAUGAUUCUAAAAUAGAGAAUCUUAACAUAAUUCCCAAUCAGGAAAGAAGGCGUACAUUUUUUUUUAAAAACCAAUCCUGGCAGGAUUGGAUUAUCAUACGUUUUCCGAAGUUCAAUUUAAUUUUUGAAGAUCUCAAAAGAAACACUCUUCUUUCUCAGAUCAUUAUACUCAUUUUCCACGCUAUUUUAAUUUAUUCUGUGACGCAUGUUGGUUCUGACCAAAUUAUGUUUCACGAGACAUCCUUCGCCUGUAAACCUACUAACUGUAACAGCACCAGCAGUAACAACAACAGCAUUUCUUUACCAACAACCACACAAGAAUACACCUUUAAACUGGCUACUUCACUUGUGAAAAACCUAUCAUUCAAACAAAUCAUGAUUAGAAAAGGGGUCAUCAGCAUCACUUCUUUCAGGAAAUUAGAUUGCCCAACUCAAAGCCAAGAGGGAGUCAAUGUUGAAUAGUAUUGUUCUUUAUUCUUGGAAAACAUGGAUGGAAAUUUUUGAUGAAAUAAGGCUGUGCUCGUGCCCGCUUUUGCACUCCAUGCAGACUAAUUUUUUCGUAAUUAGAAUCAAAGUUAACUAUAUAGAUAAAAGAACAAGCCUAGAUUAUGGUUGCUUAUACUGUGAUGGAUAAGGCUGUAAUUUUUUUCCUCAAACUAAUGCUUAUAUUAUACUUUUCCCUUUCUAGUAACAUGAUGGAGAUUUUUGGAAAAUAUAUUUGGCAUCCAAAGAAUGCGAGGAAACAUUCUCAGCCAGCUCCUGACUCGGUAAGACAUUAUGAUCCUCAUUGAUCAUGCGAUAUUUCAGUAGCUUAGAUCCUGGUAUCAAUAGCUAAGGUCCAAGGACUAUAGUUGGUAAUGAAGUUGGGAGUUAUGCAAACGGAAAAGUUUCCAAGUCUCAAUGCUGUUAGUGACUAACAAUGCUCUAUGGUGGAAAAAAUAUGGGCACUUGCUAUUUUAAGUACACCAAAGUUCCUUCGCGACACUUACUGUGAAAUGAUUAGAAUAGAUCUAGAUAUGGGGUAGAAAUUCGUGCGAAUCGGAACGUAUGGAGAAAGAGACCAUUUUGUGGCCAGUGGAUAUAAUCUCAGAAAGAUGUGUCUCCCAAUGGAAAAGCUCUAGAACGGGACGGUGCUUGAAGUCCGACUUUUGUUUCAUUUUGAGAAUUCAUCAGAUAUUUGCCUUCCAAUCGGAAGUAUGUUGCAGUGAAAAUCUCGAGUUUUUUUUUUCUAUUUUCAUGAUGUCUAUAUAUUCAGAUAGCCAUGCGCCUCAGUCUCAAACCAUCGCUGCAUAUUUCAUGAUAGUUCACCCUUCUGAUUCCAUUGACAAACCACCAAUUUUCUUCAUAAAUUCACUUGUCUAUUGAUAAAUAUAUUUGCAAUCGCUAAAGAACUAUCACAGUUUAUUUUCUCUCUCUGGUGGAUUCCAGCCCCAGUCACCAAAACCAUGACCAAUCAUCUGUUCUCUUCUUACAGACAGAGGGCGUCAGCAGUGCAAGACUAAGGAAGGAGAUCGCUGAUAACAAAAAGCUCCUGAGGUUUGCCUCUCUCUCUCUCUCUCCCUCGCUCUCUACUAGCCUUGCGAACUUAAGUUACACAAAGUGAACCACCACAAACUGCAGGCAGCUGAGAGGAGAGGGUCUGCAAGGACUAGCAUCAAGUAACCUGGUGCAGAUAGAAGGAAUACUCGAGGCAGCACUCCGGCGUGUGAUAGAACGAAAGGUACAGACCCGACUGAUCCCCCCAGAAUGAUCCAAACGAUUUUGCUCCAAUCACGCCCGACUGAACCCUUCCCCGCUGCAUUUUUAGGGUGAGAAAAUUAUGGAAGAGAUCAGGCAGCUCCAGCAGAAGGUCUGGAACUCAACUCUUUCGUCCAUCUCCUGCUUCGCAAGAAUAUUCAUCGCCAUGCAUAUGUGAUAGAUACGUGUAAAUAACUAUCACCAUUCAUUAUAAUUAUAAUCUUUCUCACUUUAGACUUGAUGUAAAUUACUGAUCACUGUUCAAGAAAACAAUCUAGAAAGCCCAAUGACGGAGUCACCUGAACGUAGAACAGCAAAGAACGUAAAAUUUUUCUGCUGAUGAUCCGUUUACAUCCACAGGGCGACCGGCUGGUGGAGCAGAAUGAACUGCUAAAGCAGCAAGUAAAGGGCUCUCCUCCUCUUCUCCCUUGCCGCCUCAAGCCUCCCUUCACCUGCUCUCUGAUUGGUGCAGGUGGCGGAGAUGAUGACGAUAAAGGGCGAUGAAAGGGCCCGGGCUUUGACUUUUGGGGACGCCCCACAGGAAGGCGGCCCGCGGCCGCCGUCACCGCCUUGUGGGCCGUUCGCCGCCGCCGUCGGAUCCUCAGGAGGAGGCCCUCUGGAGUGUGACGGAAACAGCUUCGACGUAUCUCUCAAGCUGGGUUCUUUCUAG